AUGGCUCCAGAUAUCUCAAACAUCCUUCCUAGGGUUCUCAUUGUCUCCAGAAGAACCGUUCGUAAGAACAAGUUCGUCGAUUUUGUAGGAGAAUAUCAUAUGGAUUUAAUAGUAAGAUAUGGAGCUGCACCAGUAAUUGUACCAAGAGUUAGUGGAAUCGACAAGCUGUUGGAGAGUUUUGAACCGAUUCAUGGAGUUCUUCUUUGUGAAGGAGAAGACAUAGACCCGUCUCUAUAUGAUGCUGACUUGUCAGGAAUUUCAACUGAAGAACUCGAAGAGAUUAAGAGAUCACACGCAAGUGACACGGCGAUUGAUCGCGAAAAGGAUUCGAUUGAACUAAGGCUGGUAAAGCUCUGUCUUGAAAGAAACAUACCUUAUUUAGGGAUAUGCAGAGGAUCACAAAUCCUUAAUGUGGCUUGUGGAGGCACCCUUUAUCAAGAUAUUGGUAGUGAAUUGUCCAAGAACAACAACAACAAAUCAGGCCCUGGAAAUCUUCAGCCUCAUCAUGUUUUGCACAUGGACUAUGGAGAUUAUGAUGGGCAUAGGCAUCCAAUUCAGGUGGUUCAGGACACUCCACUUCAUCAGUGGUUUAAGGAUUCCAUGACAGAGGAUGAAAUGGAAAUUCAGGUGAAUAGUUAUCACCAUCAAGGUGUGAAAAGACUAGCUCAGCGUUUUGUUCCGAUGGCUUUCGCUCCUGAUGGUUUGAUUGAAGGAUUUUAUGAUCCAGAAGCUCAUAAUCCCGAAGAGGGAAAGUUCAUCAUGGGGCUCCAGUUUCAUCCUGAACGUAUGCAGGAUCAGGACACCGGCGAAUUUGACUAUCCAGGAUGCUCCUUCGCAUAUCAGGAAUUUGUGAAAGCUGUGAUAGCUUAUAAAAAGAAGCUGAAUGGUCUAACUGAUGCACCUAAAAGAAUAAUAUCAAUAAAGCUAGACCAAGAUGUAGAGAAAAAGAGAAAAACCAUUGUCCGGAGUUUCUCUGUCGCGGGGAUUUCAGGGCACGAAAGAAUGUCAGUCAAGAAGUCUGAGCUUGAGGCAGGAGCAGAAUUCCUUCAGGCCAAUAUAGUAUUGAGUUUGCAGGAAGAGAAUAGACUAAAGCAAAUGGGGGCAACAGUAAGGAAUGCGUCAGAGUACAUGGAGAAACUGAUGAAUGAAGAUAAAGAGACGCUUGCCAAGGCUAUAAUUCACAAAAUGUCAAUUGAACAACUAUCUGAUUUGGUUUCUUUUUACCACAAAAUGGGACAGAUUUGCUCUGAAGCAAUGCAGAUGAAGCUUACUAGCUUCACAGACGAAUUUAAUACAACAGUCAUUUAG